UGACGGAUAUCGAACCAGCUUUUCUAUCAAUUUUCCAGCAGGCGUCGCAGUUUUUUGUAUCUUUUUGAACCUGCACAAGACAUAACCUUUAGUUUAAUUUAGGAAAUUGUAGCUGCCGAACGUGAAAGGUUUCAGAAAACUCAUCGACAAAAGAAAACAUCACCACAUGCAUCAGACAUCGCACUUUGUCGCCGCGUCAUGUGCGGCGCUGCUUCUGCUGGCGGCGGCAGCGCAGUCAGCGGCGACUGCGCAGUCAGGACUGCAGCCAGGUGGCAAGUUAAUCGAGUUGGACGAGGACAAUUGGCACCUGAUGCUCCAGGGAGAGUGGAUGAUCGAGUUCUUUGCUCCGUGGUGCCCGGCCUGCAAGAAUCUGGCUCCCACCUGGGAGCGAUUUGCCCGCGUAGCCAAGGAUGUCCAAGUGCAGGUGGCCAAGAUUGACGUGACCACUUCGCCUUCGCUCAGUGGACGCUUUUUUGUUACUGCCCUGCCCACCAUUUACCACGUGAAAGAUGGCGAGUUCCGGCAGUAUCGAGGUGCCCGGGAUGGCGAUGCCCUUCUCUACUUUGUAAAGAAGCAGCAGUGGCAAAGCAUCGAACCGCUGUCCGCUUGGAAAAAGCCCGACACCCUCCAUAUGUCCGUGCUGUCCUACUUCUUCAAGCUGUCCCACACCCUAAAGCACACGCAAAAACUCUUUAAGGACUUCAACGGGCGGCUGCAGGAGGAGUAUGGUCUGCCCACAUGGGGCUCCUACGCACUUUUCGCCAUCGCCACCAUUUUCGUGGGCGCCGCCCUGGGAUUGCUGCUUGUGUGCCUUGUGGACUUUGUAUAUCCACCCAAGAAAUCUCAGCGCCAGAGUUUUUCUGAGUCGCAGGACAAUCUGACCGAGGGCCUGGAGGAUUUGGCAACCGAGGAGAUCGAGGAUGAUGGCGAUGCCGAAGAGAACGAAGAUGAGCAACGCGAAAGCGAUGAAGAAGAGCCGGAGGACGACGACGACGAAGAGGAUGAGGAAGACAGCGAGGAUCAGGCGGGAGAUCUAGCCAAGCAGGAGCAGGAGGCUGACAGUGAGCCAGAGAAGACCGGGAAUUUGGAGUCCAAGCAAGCAGGAGAUGCUGCGCCCGAGAAGACGGAACAGGUGCGCAAACGCAAGCCACGCAAGGGCGAUUAGGCGCUGCCAGAUCCCUUAGGAUCAUCAGCCUUAGCGAUCAGAAGCGGCAACAAAAAGACUAACACAGAAUCGAGAGAAUCGCAACCUCUUACCAAGCAUCAUUCGAGCAGAUACAAAGGGUGUCUGCAUUGCCUUCGCGCACAAAUCCGAUUGUUUCCCCCCACUUAAUCCUAGCCAGAAAACGACACCUCAUGUAUUUCUUAAUUAUGUAAAACAAAAUUAUAAUCCAUUAAGCGGUAACAAGCGUAACAAUAACUAAAUUUAACUUCGUUUAGUCGUACACUUUAAUUUCAUUUGCUAAGCAUUGUAUUUUCUGUUCAAAUCUAUAUCCUACACACUUAUCUUUUCUUAAGCAUUUCAUUUGUAAUUAAAUUUCAAUCAAAUUGCAA